AUGUCUAAACUCCUACAAGGCAUUGUCACUGUCAUCGACAUUUUCUACCAAUAUUCCAACCAGCAUGGAGAAUGUGACACGUUGAACAAAGCAGAGCUGAAAGAACUUUUGGAAAAUGAAUUUCGCCAAAUUCUGAAGAAUCCAGAUGAUCCAGACACUGUAGAUAUAAUCAUGCAAAGUCUGGAUCGAGAUCAUAACAAAAUGGAUUUUACUGAAUAUCUGCUGAUGAUAUUCAAGCUGGCUCAAGCUUGUAAUAAAAUUGUUGUCAAAGAUUACUGCCAAGCUUCAGGGUCAAAGAAGAGAGACCAUAGACACCAACACCAAGAGGAACAGUAUGAAACAGAAGAGGAAGACAAAGAUAAAGAAUCCUCUUCAAGUUAUUCAAGUUCUAGUGCAGGAGAGAAUGACUCUUACUCCAGGAGCUCCAGAGAAAGCAUUAAACAUAGGCCUAAAUCCACUUCCAGAAAAGUGAGGCAUGAAGGAUCAUCUGGUGCUGGUCAAUUUAGGUCAAGCACAAGUCAGUCAUCGAGCUACGGACAUGAACAGUCAGGGUCAAGUGAGUCCUCUUGCUGCGGCCAACACGGUUCUGAAUCAGGUCAGACUUCUGGCCACAGGAGACACACAUCUGGUUCAGGUCAGUCUUAUGGGUACAGUCAACAGGGUUCUGGUUCAGGACAGACUUCUCAUUUGGGGCAGCAUGAGUCUGGAUCGGGAGGAUCUUCUGGAUUGAGUCAGCAUGGGUCUGGACAAGAACAUACAUCCAGCUAUGGACAGCAUGGUUCAACAUCAGGACAGUCUGGUUCAGGUCAGUCUUCUGGGUACAGUCGGCAGGGAUCUACUUCAGGACAGUCUUCUCAUUUUGGCCAACAUGAGCAUGGAUCAGGAGGAUCCUCUGGUUUGGGUCAGCAAGGGUACGGACAAGGGCAAUCCACUAGCUAUGGACAACAUGGUUCAUCAUCAGGACAGUCAUCUGGUGCAGGUCAAUUUGGGUCCAGCACAAGUCAGUCAUCUAGCUAUGGACACCAUCAGUCGGGUUCAGGACAGACUUCCCAUUUUGGCCAGCAUGAGUCUGGAUCAGGAGGAUCUUCUGGCUUGAGUCAGUAUGGCUCUGGACAAGGGCAGUCCACUGGUUAUGGACAGCAUGGUUCAACAUCAGGACAGUCAUCGAGCUCUGGACAGUAUGGGACAAGCACAGGCCAGUCAUCCAGCUGUGGGCAGCAUGGAUCUAGUUCAAAUCAGUCCUCUAGCUGCGGCCAACACAGCUCUGGAUCAGGUCAGUCUUCUGGCCACAUGAGGCAUAGGUCCGGUUCAGGUCAGUCUUCCAGCUAUGGACAGCAUGGUUCAACAUCAGGACAGUCAUCUGGUUCUGGUUCUGGCCCGUUUGGGUCAGGCCCAGGUCACUCGUCCAGCUGUGGACAGCAUGGGUCUGGCUCCAGUGAAUCUACUGGAUGUGGCCAAUAUGGUUCUGCAUCAGGCCAAUCUACUAGCUAUGGACAACAUGGGACAUCAUCAGGACAGUCAUCUGGUACCAGUCAAUUUGGGUCAAGCACAGGUCCGUCUUCCAGCUAUGGACAGCAUGGGUCAGGGUCAAGCAGGUCCUCUACCCAUAGCCAGCACAGGUCUGGAUCAGGUCAGUCUUCUGGCCACAGGAGGCAUAGGUCUGGUUCAGGUCAGUCGUCCAGGUACAGUCAACAGGGUUCUGGUUCAGCACAGACUUCCCAUUUUGGCCAGCAUGAGUCUGGAUCAGAAGGAUCUUCUGGCUUGAGUCAGUAUGGCUCUGGACAAGGGCAGUCUAUGGGUUAUGGACAGCAUGGUUCAGCAUCAGGACAGUCAUCGAGCUCUGGACAGUAUGGGACAAGCACAGGCCAGUCAUCCAGCUGUGGGCAGCAUGGAUCUAGUUCAAAUCAGUCCUCUAGCUGUGGCCAACACAGCUCUGGAUCAGGUCAGUCUUCCAGGUAUGGACAAGGAUCAGUUUCAGGACAGACUUCUCACUUUGGGCAGCAUGAGUCUGGAUCAGGAGGAUCUUCUGGCGUGAGUCAGCAUGGUUCUGGACAAGAACAUACAUCCAGCUAUGGACAGCAUGGCUCAACAUCAGGACAGUCAUCUGGUUCUGGUUCUGGCCCGUUUGGGUCAGGCCCAGGUCACUCAUCCAGCUGUGGACAGCAUGGGUCUGGCUCCAGCCAAUCUACUAGCUAUGGACAACAUGGGUCAUCAUCAGGACAGUCAUCUGGUACCAGUCAAUUUGGGUCAAGCACAGGUCCGUCUUCCAGCUAUGGACAGCAUGGGUCCGGGUCAAGCAGGUCCUCUACCCAUAGCCAGCAAAGGUCUGGAUCAGGUCAGUCUUCUGGCCACAGGAGGCAUAGGUCUAGUUCAGGUCAGUCGUCCAGGUACAGUCAACAGGGUUCUGGUUCAGGACAGACUUCCCAUUUUGGCCAGCAUGAGUCUGGAUCAGGAGGAUCUUCUGGCUUGAGUCAGUAUGGCUCUGGACAAGGGCGGUCCACUGGGUAUGGACAGCAUGGUUCAGCAUCAGAACAGUCAUCGAGCUCUGGACAGUAUGGGACAAGCACAACCCAGUCUUCCAGCUGUGCACAGCAUGGAUCGAGUUCAAAUCAAUCCUCUAGCUGUGGCCAACACAGCUCUGGAUCAGGUCAGUCUUCUGGCCACAUGAGGCAUAGGUCUGGUUCAGGUCAGUCUUCCAUGUAUGGACAAGGAUCAUCUGGAUCAGGAGGAUCUUCUGGCGUGAGUCAGCAUGGUUCUGGACAAGAACAUACAUCCAGCUAUGGACAGCAUGGUUCAACAUCAGGACAGUCAUCCGGUUCUGGUUCUGGCCCGUUUGGGUCAGGCCCAGGUCACUCAUCCAGCUGUGGACAGCAUGGGUCUGGCUCCAGUGAAUCUACUGGAUGUGGCCAAUAUGGUUCUGCAUCAGGUCAGUCUCAGACUUCUAGCCACAGGAGACAUAGGUCUGGUUCAAGUCAGUCUUCUGGGUAUAGUCGGCAGGGAUCUACUUCAGGACAGUCUUCUCAUUCUGGCCAAUAUGGGCAUGGAUCAGGAGGAGCUUCUGGUUUGGGUCAGCAAUGGUACGGACAAGGCCAAUCUACUAGCUAUGGACAACAUGGGUCAUCAUCAGGACAGUCAUCUGGUACCAGUCAAUUUGGGUCAAGCACAGGUCCGUCUUCCAGCUAUGGACAGCAUGGGUCCGGGUCAAGCAGGUCCUCUACCCAUUGCCAGCACAGGUCUGGAUCAGGUCAGUCUUCUGGCCACAGGAGGCAUAGGUCUAGUUCAGGUCAGUCGUCCAGGUACAGUCAACAGGGUUCUGGUUCAGGACAGACUUCCCAUUUUGGCCAGCAUGAGUCUGGAUCAGAAGGAUCUUCUGGCUUGAGUCAGUAUGGCUCUGGACAAGGGCAGUCCAUGGGUUAUGGACAGCAUGGUUCAGCAUCAGGACAGUCAUCGAGCUCUGGACAGUAUGGGACAAGCACAGGCCAGUCAUCCAGCUGUGGGCAGCAUGGAUCUAGUUCAAAUCAGUCCUCUAGCUGUGGCCAACACAGCUCUGGAUCAGGUCAGUCUUCUGGCCACAUGAGGCAUAGGUCUGGUUCAGGUCAGUCUUCCAGGUAUGGACAAGGAUCAGUUUCAGGACAGACUUCUCACUUUGGGCAGCAUGAGUCUGGAUCAGGAGGAUCUUCUGGCAUGAGUCAGCAUGGUUCUGGACAAGAACAUACAUCCAGCUAUGGACAGCAUGGUUCAACAUCAGGACAGUCAUCCGGUUCUGGUUCUGGCCCGUUUGGGUCAGGCCCAGGUCACUCAUCCAGCUGUGGACAGCAUGGGUCUGGCUCCAGUGAAUCUACUGGAUGUGGCCAAUAUGGUUCUGUAUCAGGUCAGUCUCAGACUUCUAGCCACAGGAGACAUAGGUCUGGUUCAGGUCAGUCUUCUGGGUAUAGUCGGCAGGGAUCUACUUCAGGACAGUCUUCUCAUUCUGGCCAAUAUGAGCAUGGAUCAGGAGGAGCUUCUGGUUUGGGUCAGCAAGGGUAUGGACAAGGCCAAUCUACUAGCUAUGGACAACAUGGGUCAUCAUCAGGACAGUCAUCUGGUACCAGUCAAUUUGGGUCAAGCACAGGUCCGUCUUCCAGCUAUGGACAGCAUGGUUCGGGGUCAAGCAGGUCCUCUACCCAUAGCCAGCACAGGUCUGGAUCAGGUCAGUCUUCUGGCCACAGGAGGCAUAGGUCUAGUUCAGGUCAGUCGUCCAGGUACAGUCAACAGGGUUCUGGUUCAGGACAGACUUCCCAUUUUGGCCAUCAGUAUGGCUCUGGACAAGGGCAGUCUAUGGGUUAUGGACAGCAUGGUUCAGCAUCAGGACAGUCAUCGAGCUCUGGACAGUAUGGGACAAGCACAGGCCAGUCAUCCAGCUGUGGGCAGCAUGGAUCUAGUUCAAAUCAGUCCUCUAGCUGUGGCCAACACAGCUCUGGAUCAGGACAGACUUCUCACUUUGGGCAGCAUGAGUCUGGAUCAGGAGGAUCUUCUGGCGUGAGUCAGCAUGGUUCUGGACAAGAACAUACAUCCAGCUAUGGACAGCAUGGUUCAACAUCAGGACAGUCAUCCGGUUCUGGUUCUGGCCCGUUUGGGUCAGGCCCAGGUCACUCAUCCAGCUGUGGACAGCAUGGGUCUGGCUCCAGUGAAUCUACUGGAUGUGGCCAGUAUGGUUCUGCAUCAGGUCAGUCUCAGACUUCUAGCCACAGGAGACAUAGGUCUGGUUCAGGUCAGUCUUCUGGGUACAGUCAACAGGGUUCUGGUUCAGGACAGACUUCCCAUUUUGGCCAGCAUGAGUCUGGAUCAGAAGGAUCUUCUGGCUUGAGUCAGUAUGGCUCUGGACAAGGGCAGUCCAUGGGUUAUGGACAGCAUGGUUCAGCAUCAGGACAGUCAUCGAGCUCUGGACAGUAUGGGACAAGCACAGGCCAGUCAUCCAGCUGUGGGCAGCAUGGAUCUAGUUCAAAUCAGUCCUCUAGCUGUGGCCAACACAGCUCUGGAUCAGGUCAGUCUUCUGGCCACAUGAGGCAUAGGUCUGGUUCAGGUCAGUCUUCCAGGUAUGGACAAGGAUCAGUUUCAGGACAGACUUCUCACUUUGGGCAGCAUGAGUCUGGAUCAGGAGGAUCUUCUGGCGUGAGUCAGCAUGGUUCUGGACAAGAACAUACAUCCAGCUAUGGACAGCAUGGUUCAACAUCAGGACAGUCAUCCAAUUCUGGUUCUGGCCCGUUUGGGUCAGGCCCAGGUCACUCAUCCAGCUGUGGACAGCAUGGGUCUGGUUCAGGUCAGUCUUCUGGGUAUAGUCGGCAGGGAUCUACUUCAGGACAGUCUUCUCAUUUUGGCCAAUAUGAGCAUGGAUCAGGAGGAGCUUCUGGUUUGGGUCAGCAAGGGUACGGACAAGGCCAAUCUACUAGCUAUGGACAACAUGGGUCAUCAUCAGGACACACAGGUCCGUCUUCCAGCUAUGGACAGCAUGGGUCCGGGUCAAGCAGGUCCUCUACCCAUAGCCAGCACAGGUCUGGAUCAGGACAGACUUCCCAUUUUGGCCAGCAUGAGUCUGGAUCAGAAGGAUCUUCUGGCUUGAGUCAGUAUGGCUCUGGACAAGGGCAGUCCAUGGGUUAUGGACAGCAUGGUUCAGCAUCAGGACAGUCAUCGAGCUCUGGACAGUAUGGGACAAGCACAGGCCAGUCAUCCAGCUGUGGGCAGCAUGGAUCUAGUUCAAAUCAGUCCUCUAGCUGUGGCCAACACAGCUCUGGAUCAGGUCAGUCUUCUGGUCACAUGAGGCAUAGGUCUGGUUCAGGUCAGUCUUCCAGGUAUGGACAAGGAUCAGUUUCAGGACAGACUUCUCACUUUGGGCAGCAUGAGUCUGGAUCAGGAGGAUCUUCUGGCGUGAGUCAGCAUGGUUCUGGACAAGAACAUACAUCCAGCUAUGGACAGCAUGGUUCAACAUCAGGACAGUCAUCUGGUUCUGGUUCUGGCCCGUUUGGGUCAGGCCCAGGUCACUCAUCCAGCUGUGGACAGCAUGGGUCUGGCUCCAGUGAAUCUACUGGAUGUGGCCAAUAUGGUUCUGCAUCAGGACAGUCUUCUCAUUUUGGCCAACAUGAGCAUGGAUCAGGAGGAACCUCUGGUUUGGGUCAGCAAGGGUAUGGACAAGGCCAAUCUACUAGCUAUGGACAACAUGGGUCAUCAUCAGGACAGUCAUCUGGUACCAGUCAAUUUGGGUCAAGCACAGGUCCGUCUUCCAGCUAUGGACAGCAUGGGUCCGGGUCAAGCAGGUCCUCUACCCAUAGCCAGCACAGGUCUGGAUCAGGUCAGUCUUCUGGCCACAGGAGGCAUAGGUCUGGUUCAGGUCAGUCGUCCAGGUACAGUCUACAGGGUUCUGGUUCAGGACAGACUUCCCAUUUUGGCCAGCAUGAGUCUGGAUCAGGAGGAUCUUCUGGCUUGAGUCAGUAUGGCUCUGGACAAGGGCAGUCCACUGGUUAUGGACAGCAUGGUUCAACAUCAGGACAGUCAUCUAGCUCUGGACAUUAUGGGACAGGCACAAGCCAGUCUUCCAGCUGUGGGCAGCAUGGAUCUAGUUCAAAUCAGUCCUCUAGCUGUGGCCAACACAGCUCUGGAUCAGGUCAGUCUUCUGGCCACAUGAGGCAUAGGUCUGGUUCAGGUCAGUCUUCCAGGUAUGGACAAGGAUCAGUUUCAGGACAGACUUCUCACUUUGGGCAGCAUGAGUCUGGAUCAGGAGGAUCUUCUGGCGUGAGUCAGCAUGGUUCUGGACAAGAACAUACAUCCAGCUAUGGACAGCAUGGUUCAACAUCAGGACAGUCAUCUGGUUCUGGUUCUGGCCCGUUUGGGUCAGGCCCAGGUCACUCAUCCAGCUGUGGACAGCAUGGGUCUGGCUCCAGUGAAUCCACUGGUUGUGGCCAACAUGGUUCUGCAUCAGGUCAGUCUUCUGGGUAUAGUCGGCAGGGAUCGACUUCAGGACAGUCUUCUCAUUUUGGCCAACAUGAGCAUGGAUCAGGAGGAUCCUCUGGUUUGGGUCAGCAAGGGUACGGACAAGGGCAAUCCACUAGCUAUGGACAACAUGGUUCAUCAUCAGGACAUCAGUCAUCUAGCUAUGGACACCAUCAGUCGGGGUCUAGUGAGUCUGCUUGCUGUGGGCCACACAGCUCUGGAUCAGGUCACACUUCUGGCCACAGAAGACACACAUCUGGUUCAGGUCAGUCUUCUGGUUACACUCAACAGGGUUCUGGUUCAGGACAGACUUCCCAUUUUGGCCAGCAUGAGUCUGGCUCAGGAGGAUCUUCUGGCUUGAGUCAAUAUGGCUCUGGACAAGGGCAGUCCACGGGUUAUGGACAGCAUGGUUCAACAUCAGGACAGUCAUCGAGCUCUGGACAGUAUGGGACAAGCACAGGCCAGUCAUCCAGCUGUGGGCAGCAUGGAUCUAAUUCUAAUCAGUCCUCUAGCUGUGGCCAACACAGCUCUGGAUCAGGUCAGUCGUCUGGCCACAUGAGUCAUAAGUCUGGUUCAGGACAGACUUCUCAUUUUGGGCAGCAUGAGUCUGGAUCAGGAGGAUCUUCUGGCGUGAGUCAGCAUGGUUCUGGACAAGAACAUACAUCCAGCUAUGGACAGCAUGGUUCAACAUCAGGACAGUCAUCCGGUUCUGGUUCUGGCCCGUUUGGGUCAGGCCCAGGUCACUCAUCCAGCUGUGGACAGCAUGGGUCUGGCUCCAGUGAAUCUACUGGAUGUGGCCAAUAUGGUUCUGCAUCAGGUCAGUCUCAGACUUCUAGCCACAGGAGACAUAGGUCUGGUUCAGGUCAGUCUUCUGGGUAUAGUCGGCAGGGAUCUACUUCAGGACAGUCUUCUCAUUCUGGCCAAUAUGAGCAUGGAUCAGGAGGAGCUUCUGGUUUGGGUCAGCAAGGGUACGGACAAGGCCAAUCUACUAGCUAUGGACAACAUGGGUCAUCAUCAGGACAGUCAUCUGGUACCAGUCAAUUUGGGUCAAGCACAGGUCCGUCUUCCAGCUAUGGACAGCAUGGGUCCGGGUCAAGCAGGUCCUCUACCCAUAGCCAGCACAGGUCUGGAUCAGGUCAGUCUUCUGGCCACAGGAGGCAUAGGUCUGGUUCAGGUCAGUCGUCCAGGUACAGUCAACAGAGUUCUGGUUCAGGACAGACUUCCCAUUUUGGCCAACAUGAGCAAGGAACAGGAGAAUAUUCUGGUUUGGGUCAACAACGGUACGGACAAGGGCAAUCCACUAACUACAGACAUCAUGGUUCAUCAUCAGUACAAUCAUCUGGUACCGGCCAAUCUGGCUCUGGAUCAGGUCAUACUUCUAACCACAGGAGACACACAUCUGGUUCAGGUCAGUCUUCUGGUUACACUCAACAGGGUUCUGGUUCAGGACAGACUUCCCAUUUUGGCCAACAUGAGUGUGGAUCAGGUGGAAAUCCUGGCUUGAAUCAGUAUGGGUCUGGACCAGGGCAAUCCACUAGCUGUGGACAACAUGGUUCAUCAGCAGGACAGUCAUCUGCUUGUGGACAAUAUGGGUCAGGUGCAGGUCAGUCUUCCUGUUGUGGACAACAUGGGUCUGGUUCAAAUCAUUCCUCUAGCUGUGGCCAGCACAGUCCUGAAUCAGUUCAGUCUUCUAGCCAUAGGGCACAUCCAUGUCAUUCUGGUCAGUCUUCCUCCUGUUGUCCAAGUUCUGGGUCACAACAGUCUUCUCAUUUUAGCAAACAUGAGUAUGGAUCAGAGGGAUCUUCUGGCUUUGGUCCAUGUGUGUCUAGACAGAGCUCAUCAUCUAGCUAUGGACAGCAUGGUUCUUCAUUAGGACAGUCAUGUGUUUCUGGCCAACAUGGUUCUAGCUCUGGUCAAUAUUCUAACUGUGGUCAACAUGAGUCUGGGUCCUGUCAGUCUUCUUGCUAUGGUUCUCGAUCAGGUAAUUCUUUCCGUGACAAUCAGUCUUCAAAUUGUUGUCAACAAGGAUCUUGGUCAGGAGUUUCUCAUGGCAAUGACCAAUAUGGAUCUUGUUCACAUGAGUCAUCUAGUUUUGGCCAACCCGUGUAUGGUUCUGCAGGAUCAUCUGACACUAGUCAACAAGGACAUGGCUUUUGUCCAUCAUCUGGUUAUGGACAACAUUGUUCUACCUCAAGACAGUCAUCAUGCUUUGGUCAAUAUGGAUCCAGCUCAGAAGAAUCUUCUAAACCUCGUCAGUAUGGGUCUUGUUUAAAUCCAUCCUCUAGCUAUGACCAACCUGGAAGUUCUCCAGGUUACUACUCUUCCAGUGGACAACUUGGUUCUGGGUCAGCUCUAGAUCAUGUGGCUCGGGACUUGUUCAGUGUGCUAGUUAUGAGCAGCCUGAAUUAUCUAGGUAUGGAAGCCAGUGGGGAUAUACCUCUGGCCAUUCAAACCAUAAUGAAGGGCAAUCAAGAAGCCACAGAGGUUCUAGUGAAUAAGAAAAAGAAGAAAAAUUACCUCAACUAUCAAGACAAUAAACGGGAGUCCAUCAGAGGGCUCCCCGAAACCUCCGUGUCCAGAGUCUGCUUUGACGUAAGGGGGACUUUGGGUCGGGUGGUUUUGCCAGCUCCAUCCCCAUCUCGGCUUAGCCCCAAUCGGGACACGCUCUGGCCUCCUGCCAGCGGGAGAAGUGUGUAG